AUUUACAAUGUCAAUUCAUAGGAUAUAAACCUAACUAUCUAAGCUCCUUUAUUCCCAUUUUAUUCUACCAUCUUCUUCCUCACAAAACAAGAGGUUUUGAGAGAGAAAUUAGUUUGGGGAUCUCAAGUUAUGUUAAACCAAGGUUUAAUGGAGGAUCAUCAUCAACUUGGAGGAAUGUCAAGCUCUCAAAUGAUGGGCUUUUAUCUAAACUCCACAAAUUUAGUUAAUUAUGCUCCUCUAUUUAAUCAUAAUCAUAAUCAUGAUCAACAACACCAAUAUAAUGAUCUAAAACCCUUUAAUACUUUACCUUCUUCAUUUGCAUUAGAUCAUGUAACUUCUACUCUUACUCAAGCCCUCCUUUCUUCUACAAAUCCCAAGUCUAUAGAACAAGAUUACUCAUCUUCAUCUUUUACCAACUUGCCCCCUCUUUUUUCCAUCCAAAAACCAACUCCAAAUUAUAACUUAUGGUCGUGGGGAGAAGGCAAACAGUUUCAAUUAGGAGGAAGCAAGAGAAGUUGUGGUGGAGGAAAUUCUGUUCCAGGGGUUUCUACCUUGAAGAUGAAGAAGAUGAAAGCAAGAAGGAAAGUUAGAGAACCAAGAUUUUGCUUCAAAACCAUGAGUGAUGUGGAUGUAUUAGAUGAUGGUUAUAAAUGGAGGAAGUAUGGCCAAAAAGUGGUGAAGAACACCCUUCAUCCUAGUGUUUGGAAAUGCAGGAGUUAUUACAGAUGCACACAGGACAAUUGCAGGGUAAAGAAAAGAGUGGAAAGACUAGCUGAAGAUCCAAGAAUGGUAAUCACAACUUAUGAAGGAAGACACAUUCAUACUCCCUCUAAUGACGAUGAUUCACAUGGUGGACAACCUCAGCUUAAUAAUUUCUUUUGGUGAUUAAAUAGUAAUUAAUCAUGAUUAACCUUUGUAAUUUAGUAAACUAAUAUUUGCUUUAUUGCUUACUCAUAUUAUGCUGGUGCUAGUUUUUAUAUAGCAUGCCAAAUCAUGUACGGAGUAUAAACUAUCAAACAUGUUAUAAUUUGUGUAUAAAAGUAUAUUACAAUUACUUUACAAGUAUACGUAGGUUUUGCUCUGUUUUGCAUGUUAUUGUAUGUGGCCUUGUCUAUUAU